AUGAAACAGUUCCGCACCUGUAUGAGCGAUCUUUUAGAAGAGCGCAUGGAAACGGUCCUAGAUUCCAUUGCUCGUAUCCGUGAGGAGGUGUCAGCCGUCAGUAACUCGUUCAAUGGCUUGGAUACUCGACUCAAUAUUCUUGAAAGAAGGCUUGAGAAGACGGAUACCGGACCCUUGGAGCAAGCGAUCAGGUCGCAAGGCGAAGAAAUCCGACGUGUGGCUGCUAGCACGGACGUAACUUGCAGUCGAGUAGCUGGGGGAGUGCCUGGCCGGCACCCAACCAGCCUGUACCAGUCCUUCACCGCGGGUGCAUCCACGGCCCGCGCAGGCUGUGGGACAUGGAAAUUCAAUCCACCCAAGAAGAGCAGCGGCAACGACAAGGCCCACAGCAGCAGUAAUGGUGGCAGUGGCGACGGCAACGACAAUGCCCACAGCAGCAGUGACGGUGGCAGUGGUGACGACAGCAGCGGAAACGACUGUGGCAGUGGCGGCGGCAGCAGCAGUGACGGUGGCAGUGGCGACGGCAACGACAAUGCCCACAGCAGCAGGGACGAUGGCAGUGGCGACGACAGCAGCGGAAACGACUGUGGCAGGAGCGGCAGCAGCAGCCGCCGAAAUAGCAGCAGCGACAGUUCUCCCAAACCCGGCGCUGAGUUAACUCGGACCCCUGGGCAGAAGUCACGACCCCACCAGCGUGGUUCUCCCGCUGAAGACCAAGCUGCAAAGCGCGUGGCUCCAGUCAGCAAACAGUGA